AUGGAAGAACUUGUCGGUCCGCGGGCUCGGACAGCUGCACGAAAUGGGUCGAGAUUGUUCAACAUAAGGGGACCUGAGACGGCAACGACACCUAGUCACGCGUGUCAGUACCGAAGACGCCGACUCGUUGAGUCACUGCCUGCACGGCGAAAUCUUCGAGACACCAACUCUCUAAAUCAGCCACAUUGUGUUAUGAUGGGAACGCAAAACGGCGCCCCACCCCGCACUGCCUACCCUGACAGCCAAAUACCCGUGCUACUCUACAACCCUCCCAUCGAUCUACAGGAGCGAGCAAACAGAAGCACCCCGCCAGAACCUCCCCGCGCGGCUAUCGAUCCCCCUAAGCAUCCCACGAACCACGCCAUUAACCUGUCGGAUAUGCAGGACAGGCGAGUUAGGUACCCGAAGCCGAAACCCACUCCUGUAAUCCUCCAGACGCUCACCGAGUUCAAGCAUCAUCAGCCCAUUGGAAAAAUGAGUGACCCGACCUGGCGACGCGCAGCCAAUAAAGAACCCUAUGACGGUCACACCACAAGCGGUUUCAUCCUCCAAAUGGCCGAAUUCGAUCAACACCAAGACCUCCAGGGUGGAAAUACGUAG